AUGGAGCCUUCCGGCGACUAUUACCAACAGUUUCUGACCUCCAUAUCGGGGGUUGGACCUGAUAUAUCCUCGACCCCAAGCCCUCAAGAUGCUCAUCCGCCACAGUUUGGUCACCAAUCCGCGCCCAUGCCCCUCGGCCGCCCACCAGUUCCGAGUCCAUAUCACCACUUCGGCUACUUUAGCGGAUUUCCAGAUGGGAUGGUCUUCAACACAUCGGGUUCGCAGCGUGUUAGGCGCAAAUCAGCACCAGGUUUCGAACAUAUAAAACAUAGGCGAACAAGAUCUGGUUGUUACACCUGUAGAAGCCGACGUGUAAAGUGCGAUGAAGGGCGACCGAUUUGCGCGCGUAUGGAUUUCCCACCCUACCAGACAUGGAGGAGUACUAAUCGUCGAUUCGCAGGCUGUAAAAAGGGCAAACGAGACUGUGUGUACCCAGAACCAACAGCACCAAAGCAAUCCGCAGCUGCAAGCAGAAAGGGACAAUCAUCUCAGCAAGAUCAGAGCCCUGAUUCAUCCCACGAUGACGAAGAGGGAGACACUGAGCAGGAGUCAAAGCUCGACACCAUACUCGACGAAGAAGAGCAAGAUUCAGAUGCACCAACACACCCUUCACUAGCCUCCGUUUCAGCCAUCAGACGCUCGAGCACGCCAUCAGCUUCUGGGUUGCAAAGGCUAACUGUGAGGGCCCGAAGGGACUCCGAGACGCCAUCUGCUGAGGGCAACAAAAGCUCCUCUCCAGCUACGUCUACUGGCACAAGCAGUUCCCUCCCUCCGAUCAACCUUGCUUUACCUCCCCUUGCAAACUUCACAGAUGCUCUUCGCGACGACUGGACCCGACUUCCUCAAGAUGUGCGGUUCUAUCUCAGCUAUUUCCAUGAGAACGUAACCCACUACCAUUACGCCAUGGUUAGCGAUAGCGAUGACUUUUUUCGAACAAUCCUACCAAGCAUCGCCAUACACAGCGACUCCCUACUCUAUGCUUUGGUGGCAUUCUCGGCAUACCAUUACGCUCUCAAUGAUCCCAAUGGGAACAUGUCCCAUUUUCUUCAAUUCUACAACCAGAGCGUCAGGUUACUGCUCAAGGCGCUCAAGAAGAGGGACAGUCAUGACAUCGCGACCCUACUCACGAUCCUACAACUUGCUACCAUAGAGGAGUACCUUGGCGACUGGGUCAAUGUGAUGGGUCACCAGAAGGCCGCAUUCGAGCUACUGACUCGAAUGUUCGUUCCUGAGUCCGUCAUGCAGAGCCCACCCGGUCGCAUGUCGCUGUCGUGGUAUUCCCGGUUCGACGUCUUUGUGGGUUUGAUGGGUAGUUUCGAGACCAUUCUCCCCGAGAGAUGGUUUUUGAUCUCUCUGGAGUACUAUCAAGCUCAGACCGCCCACGACCCCCAGAGCGUCGGCUUGAAGUUCGAAGAAUAUUCGGCAAGACUUCGUCUUAUCUCAAUGCGCAUGGCUAACAUCUAUGGACGGAGAGCCAAGGGAUUGAUCUCUGAUGAUGUCUACGCCACUCAACACAAAAGACUGAAUUCGGAAUUGCAAGAAUGGAGGGCUAGUUGGGAUCCUGCCAUCGCGAGUCCCGAGUUGCUCGUCAAGGAUUUCCCCAACAGAACACCGCUGAGUGCAGGCGAUAUCGUCGAUCCUUUCGCUCCAGGUGUGCUGUAUGCACAUCCCGCCUUUCCACUCACGGUACUGGGCUGCGAGUGGCAUUCAAUUAUGAUGAUGCAUCAGUGCCAGUCAUCCUCGGAACUAUCAGAGCAACACAUGACGGAGAUGACUCGCCGCGCUUAUGCCAUCUGUCAAGCCUUUGCGACCAUCGAACAGUGGCCAUACACACCUCAAGGAGCGCUAACGAUGAUCCAAUCGUGCAUUGGUAUUGCAACGUUGUUUCUUCCCCAGGACGAACGCCACCACAUGUGGAUACGGAGACGAUAUGCGCGGAUCGAGAGCCUAGGAUACAUAAUUCCCGCAACGACACGGAAACGCAUGGCAGAACUAUUCCGCGACCAGUCUUGCGUCAGAUGGUGGCUUCCUGACGAUGAUGGGUUUACCCCUCUCCUGAAAAACCUUCGAAGCUUCGCGGAUGAACGCAAUGCUACUGUGGUGUCGGCACAAAAAGGAAACCUGCGAGAGAUACGGCAUGUGUUUUCUCGAAUGCGACUGAGAGGCACAGACGAACGGCAUCAGACGCCUGAAUCGGAGCAUGGAAGUCUUGCCGGCAGUAUCAAGGGCAAGGGGAAGGCCCUUGACUGA